AUUCUAACAGAUCCUCUCUCGCUCUCACACCUGAAAAGAUUCUACGCAGAUUCCUCUCUCUCUCUCUCUCUCUCUCUCUCUGCCAACGCUAUCUAAUCCAAUGCGGAUAACGUGAUGACCACCACUCCCUCAUCCUCCCUUUCUUCAUAUUCUCCAUUCUCCAUUAAUGGCUGCUGCUGCUGCCGGCCUUGGCUCUACACUAUCUCAACCACCUUCAUCAUCUCCCCCACCGCACAACCCCCGCCCAAUCAGAACCACUGCUUCUUCCGACCCAACCGACAACGGAUUCACAAGCUUCCCAGAAAAAUCUCUAGCUUCGCGGGCAAAGCCCCCUCGUCCCCGCCGGAUAAUUCUCGUCCGCCAUGGCCAGAGCCAGGGCAAUGUCGACGAGUGCGUCUACACGCGCGUGGCUGACCCCAAGGUGCAGCUCACCCGCCAGGGGAUCGCCGAGGCCGCCGAGUGCGGGCGGGAGAUACGCCGGAUAAUCGAGGACGACGGCUCCGAUGAUUGGAAAGUGUACUUUUACGUCUCUCCCUACAGACGAUCGCUCGAGACUCUGAGGAAUUUGGCGACGGCGUUUGAGCGGUCGAGGAUUGCCGGCGUCAGAGAAGAGCCUCGAUUGAGGGAGCAGGAUUUCGGGAAUUUCCAGGACCAGGAGCAAAUGAGGAUUCAGAAAGCUGCUCGAAAGAGAUACGGGAGAUUCUUCUACAGAUUUCCAAAUGGAGAAUCAGCUGCGGAUGUUUACGAUAGAAUAACUGGAUUUAGGGAAACUCUGAGAACUGACAUUGAUAUUGGAAGAUUUCAGCCACCAGGGGAGCAAAGCCCCAACAUGAAUCUGGUCAUAGUCUCCCAUGGGCUGACAUUGAGGGUGUUCUUGAUGAGAUGGUACAAAUGGACUGUCGAACAGUUCGAAGGCCUCCAAAACAUCGGUAAUGGAAAAAUGGUUGUGAUGGAGAGAGGCUAUGGUGGAAGGUAUUGUUUGUUGAUGCACCACACGAAGGAGGAACUCAGGGAAUUUGGAUUGAAAGAUGCCAUGCUGAUUGACCAAGAAUGGCAAAAGCAUGCGAAGCCGGGGGAACUGAAUUAUGAUUGCCAGAUAACGGGGCCUUCCUACUUUACUCACUUCAGCGACGAUCAUCACGGUCCAAUUUUCUAGUGGUUUGAUUCAAGGAUAAGAUGGGGACAUGGUAAUAAUUUCGACGGUACAUGUUUUCUUGAUUUUGAAAUUUUUAUGGUAUCAGAGCUUAUUUGCGAUUCUCAGUAAAUAACAACUUAAUGUUCGACAAGGUCAAUUCUUGAUGCAGAAUCGAACACUUGGAGAAAUACUUCAGCAGGAUUGUAAUAAAUCUUUCGGUUGCAGUCAGUCAAGCCCGGAUCGAUCGAUGCAUCUUCCUUCGACAAAAUCUAGCCGUUGAUGGUCGAUUGCGACAAAGAUCAAACACAUAACUAACUAGAAUAGGAGCAUGAGAAGGACCAUGGGAGCCCCAACCUGUCUCUUGUCGUCUCUAAAUUAUUAUUAUUAUUAGUGUUUUUUUGUAUUUUAGGCUAAAGGAUUACUUUUUACUUUUGUAUUAAAAUAAUAUUUGAUUUGAUAUAUUAAAAAUAUAUUUUUAAA